AUGACAAACUGUAGGGUGGUGUCUGAAGCGGCCGCAGUCGUGGUUCCAAAGGUUAUCCACGACAAGCGGAACUUAGCGUUGCGCGUCGUCGUUGGCUCAUUGCAUGUCGCUACCACGGUGUACCUCGUCGUGUGGGUGCUCCUCAUGAUGUUUUCAGCCGGACCUACUAUCGUCACUGCAAAGUUGUACCAGGCUAAAGUCACAGCAACGGGGUACACCAUGAUUUCGCUCAUGCACGUUGGUGCGCUCGUGGGCCCCAAACUGUGUCAUCGAAAGCCAGAUGCCACCUCUCUGUCGAUGCCUCUGCAGCCCCCGCCUCCAGCUGUGACAGUACGCAGACUCGGUUCCAAAACGCAAUCCAGAAUCAUUGUGCGUCGGCUCUCCAAGAGCGCUGCUACCGACUGGUUUGACCACGUGUUCAUCGUGUUCAACUUUAUCGUGAUCCUUUGCCAAGGUAGACAAGUGUACGAAAUGCUGAGCACGAUGGUCGACCCAACCAAGGUAGUGUCGUACGCUGUGAUUGUGCUCUUGUACUCCGUCUUGUCGCCCUGCCUCAUCUUCAUCAACAACAUCCAAACCAAAUACACGCUGUACAGUCGGUUGGAAACGAUUCCUCAUGCACUGAUUUACGAUAUUCCACCCGAGCUAAGCACUAUACUCAUCGACGCAUCGCCAUUGAAAACCAUUCCCGACAACGUUUUCAACGCUUGGAGUUUUGUGCAGCGACUGCAGCUGUUGAAUGUAAGUCUCACGACUUUCCCCAAUGGAAUACUGAGUAUGCCACACCUCACCGAACUCAACCUCCGGGGCAACAACAUCACGUCGAUGUUUCCAGAGUCCGCGUGGCCGUCACCUCUCACGAUUGCUGGCUUGGCUGGGAAUGGGCUAAAGUCUGUGCCAUGGACUGCUGCCAAACGUGGAGUGAAUAUCGAUUUGAGUGGCAACCCCAUCGAAGAUGCCACCACCUUGGACGCUGCCGAACUCAAACUUGUGCAUCGGCGAAGUGUCAUUCUGGACGACACACCGUACUGCAAUGUCACUGAGGACACCACGUGCAAACACAUCUGUGGCCCAGACUGCUUUGCGUUUAUGGUGGGUGACUACUACUGCGACUUGGGGUGCUUUACACCUGCGUGUGGGUUUGACAAGGGUGACUGCGACGAGUUUGGGUUCUCGUUAUCGUAG